UUGAGUCUUGUGGGGCUCUUUAUAAUAGGUAACAUUGACUUUGAGUCUUUGACUAUGCUUUUGCAGGUCAUGCCUGAAAUUGGUUACCAAUUACUACACAACUAUGCCGACCAAAUUCAAAACUGGGGUUGGAUCUGCAACAUUCAUUCACAAGCUUCAAGAUCAUUUACCAGGUGCAAUUAUGUUUGGAGAUGCAUUGUUUCCUUCAGAAUGUUCUCUCAUUGUUGAGGAGUUGCUUCUUUGUGUUUUCAAAUUCUAUGAGAAAAUUGAGGGACUUCCGUCCAGAUUACAAAUAUUCUGUGGGGAAGUGCUUCCGAAUAGCGUGAUCCUGAGUCCGGAUUCCUCUGUCAGAUUGAAAGUUCAAGCUGGUCAAUUGAUUGAUCUCUUGCUCAUUGCACAGUUGGUGUAAACCAGAAAUCCAAAAGCUCUGCGCAACCCCUUUCAUCCAAUGCCAGAGCUGUAAGGAGACUGCAGCAUUCUGCGAAAGCUAUCUUCUCAGAGCUUCCACAGCAGUCGUCCCAUCAGUGUGAUCAACCUUCCACCCCAAGUUGUGGUGACAGUGUAUUCUCUGAUGAAAGGUCAAGUGUGAAAUUGAAACUUUUUGACAUCUCGAAUAGCAAGUUACAAGCUCUAGGGGAGUCCACAAGUACACACGAUGGGGAGUCAAAAGAAGUCUCCUGAUUUUUGCUUACCCAAUCAUUCCUGACCUGAAUAAGAGCAUGGGGAGUCGAAAGAAGUACAUGCAAUGGAGAGUCAAAAGAAGUACACGCGAUGGGGAGUCAAAAGAAGAAUUUGCUCCAACAAAAACUCAAAAGUUUCUUAGAUUCUGGGACAAAAUGGAGAGAUUUCCAUCCAGAGAUUACAAUUUCAUACCUUAGCUAUAUCUUGGAUGUUUUGCGACUUAUUCUCUAUUUUGUUAAGAUGAUGGAAUUUUUUCUUUUCCAAUGUGAGAUGCAAAGCGCUACUGGAAUAGAGAAUCUUAAGAAUCAGGAUGUCAUUGUCAUGUCCUACAGCAUGCUGCGGAUUCGUUUGGAAGAACUGCGUGAGAAGGUCCUAUUGGAAAAAAUGAGGACAACAACCUAUCCUGAUUCUGAGCAAGAAUUGAUCAUGCCUGGAAUUGGUUACCUAUUACUACACAACUAUGCUGACCAAAUUCAAAAUUGGGGUUGGAUCUGCAACAUUCAUUCUCAAGCUUCAGGAUCAUUUACCAGGAACUUAAAUCUGAUUCACAAGCAGCCAACAUAUGUCACGCUUCUUUUGGUAACAUUCUCUAAUACUUGUCUCUGUCAUAUUAUACACUCAAAAAGUUAAGUACAUGUAAACCAUUUGCAAAUCAGUCUUAGAAUGGAAAGGUAUUGUAGUACUGAUUGUAGUUGUUAAUACAAUAUUAGUUGCUCACCUACAUUCUCAAACCUUUCUACACUUCAUAGCUUAUUCUGUUCAAUUCAUA